GUUUUACCAAGAGACAGCACAUCUAACAGGGAACUUGGGUCACCGUCCCAGCCCCCGAAGGCGACGCUCGGUCUGAAAGGAGGAGCUGUGCCAAAUGGACAAUAUGUCUAUCACCAACACGCCGACCAGUAACGACGCCUGCCUGAGCAUCGUGCACAGCCUGAUGUGCCACCGCCAGGGCGGGGAGAGCGAGACCUUCGCCAAGCGCGCCAUCGAAAGCUUGGUCAAGAAGCUGAAGGAGAAGAAGGAUGAGUUGGAUUCGUUGAUUACAGCCAUAACCACCAACGGAGCUCACCCCAGCAAGUGUGUGACAAUUCAGAGAACGCUGGACGGGAGGCUGCAGGUGGCCGGCCGCAAGGGAUUCCCCCACGUCAUCUACGCCCGUCUCUGGAGGUGGCCCGACCUGCACAAAAACGAACUCAAGCACGUCAAAUACUGUCAGUACGCCUUCGACUUAAAGUGUGACAGUGUCUGCGUCAACCCGUACCACUACGAGCGCGUGGUGUCGCCCGGCAUCGGUGAGUACAGCCGGGGCGGGGCGUGCAGCGUUUCUGGGCGUAGAGAGCACAGGCAGGAACUUCUGGUGAGCCGGUUGUAAAUCACCCUGAGGUGCCCACGCCUUUCUUAGAGCAGGGAUUCUGUCGCAGCCCGCGGUGUCUCCUUAGACCUGAGAUCACCUCA